AUGGAGCCCACGAGACCUGAAGUGAUUCGGGGAAUACCCGUCUUCAAGGCCUUGAAGAUACUCCGUGGAGGUUGUCUGCGCAGAGGCAGGGGACAGUUUUACUCCCUUUCGCAGAGAACUCCAGAGCUAGCUCAGUUUUGGUCCCAUAGUUGGAGAACCAGCCCCUUGCUGAAGUACCGCUGCGUCUUAUACUUGAACAACGGCUUGCCGGCAUUCUUCGUGGGGAUCUUAUUCUCUUUGACAGCUGCUUGCCUCUACAUUGCUGGAAUCCUGCCAGCAACGGCUGUCAGAGAAGGGGUUGACUGUGUGUGGUGCACACCGGCCGGUGCCCUGGGGUACCUCGUUGGUCUUCUCAUUUGGAAGAGACGCAAGAAGGUUUUCUUGGAUGUCGCAUGCAUAGACCAAACCAAUCAGAAGCGCAAAGCUGAAGGUCUCGUGAGCAUGGGCGCCUUCCUAAAAAGCUCCGAAAGUCUGCUGGUGCUGUGGGAUUUGACAUACACUUGUGACUAUGUGGGAAGGAAAGCAAACCUUGUGGUUUGCCCAGUUUCUGUGGGCGUGGUGCUCCUCUUCGGACAUUUUGCCUUGGCUCUUUUUCACCUGCUGUUCAUGAUCUUGCCUGUGCCAGCUGCACCAGCUGAUUUCUGGCCCGUGGGCGUUAUCAUAGUAGUAGGUCUAUGCUUUCCGAGCUACACCGCGCUGGCAUACAUCGCCCUUGAGCACACCCGAAGCAUUGACAAAAUCCAUCGCCAAGUUCAGAACUUCACAAUGGAGCAUGCUUCAGCUGCCUGCUGCGCUAUGCAGCAUGUUACUAGGGGCGGCCAGCCGAUACUUUGCGACCGUGUUAUCAUUUCUCGUUGCAUUACUUCCUGGUUCGGGUCAUUGCAGAGCUUUGAAGACAAUGUGCGGAGCCAGGUGCGAGAGGUUCUGGUCCACCAGUUGACGUAUAACACUUUCACCUACUCCCGCCUGGUGCAGCUCACCGCCCCGGCUCUGUUUUUCAAGCUUGACCGCCUGGCCCACAGUGUAGUCCGUGACGGAAAGCUUCCCGUCGAUCAAGUGCUCACAAUCAUAGAUGACUGGUUGAUCUUUCUGCCAACUCUGUUUUUGAUCCAUUUGCAGCUCACCUACAGGCUGCGUGGGUGUUGCGGAACGAAGCUCAAGCAGCUGUUGGCCUCUUUCUUGGUUGUUCUCGUGGGGAUCUUCAGCUAUGUGGUAGUCGCAGCCGGCGAGGCCGUAUGCUUAUUUCUCAUUGAAGACAUAGCUUUGGCAAGACUUGUCACCGUGCUUGUGCUUCUGCCACUUGCCUUGUUCGUGUGGUGGCGAGUUCCCCGCCCUGAAAAGGCGCUGACAUGA